CAAAGUAUAUUUUUUCUGCAUAUUCAUGCUCUAAGAUGGAUCACGCAUUUCACAUUUGGUCUUCAGUCCACCUCCUCUCUUUAUUGCCUAGCUAGCCCCCCCUACCCCUUCUCUCUUUCUACCCUUUUGCUCCCGUUUUUUAAUGGACAAGCCUCUAGGACUCUCCUUUGGCACUGAUCCCACGAGUUCUUUGAUCAUUUCCCAGCCGCCUGGAAUAAACACUGCGUGGAAGCACGAUAUCAUUAUCAUGGACCCAUCUAAUGAUCGCCCUCUAAACCACUGCUCUGGCGAUGAAUAUCGUUCCAUUUCCAAUGGAAAAAGAGUGAUUACUGAGAUGGAUUUCUUUGCUGUUGGGAGCUGUCCCAAGCAAAAAGCCUGUAUUAUCAAGAAAGAGUGUAUAGAUGAAAGGGUGGAGCAACAGAAUGAAGACGAUGUAAAUAUUGGUUUGAAUCUUCUAACGGGAAACAGUGGUAGUUGUAAUAAAUCAAUGGUGGAAGAUGGAACAUCUCAAACCAAGGAAGUUUACGAUCAAAGGAAGAAAGAGCUCGAACUUUUGCAGGCUGAAAUAGAUCAUAUGAACGAAGAGAAUCAGCUUUUGAAAGGCAUACUUAAUCAGGUGAACCGCAACUACUAUGCCCUACAGAUGCAUGUUGUUGCACUCAAGCAGCGGCAACAGAUUCACAAGGCUACAACUGUGAAAAACGAGGAGGUGAUUAAUGGAAAUCUCGAAGAGAAGCAGCGUAAGGGAUCUAUCUUUGCAAGACAGUUUCUGGAUCUGGGUAAAGCUGAGAGGGCGGAAAUGGGUGAAGGCCGUUCCCAGUCAACGUCUGAGGAAAGAAAUCGGGAUUGCGCAGUAUCGCCUAAUAUAGUUGAGUCAAUGGAGCAUAAUAAGUCACAGAUGAUCAGUAAUAGCUCUAUUAGUGGAGUUUUUCCAGUACUUGAUCCUCUGAGAAGGAGUGGUGAUGGAGAAAUAAGCGAUCAUAAGACUUCAGAAGAAGCAUUUCAUGGAUGGGUUCCAAACAAAGUUCCCAAGAUUAAUACUUCAAGGGAUGUUGAUGAUGAACAGAAAGAAGAAACCAUGUCCAUGAUUAGAAAAGCCCGCGUCGCAGUUCGAGCACGAUCAGAGGCAUCCAUGAUCUCUGAUGGAUGCCAAUGGAGAAAGUAUGGACAGAAAGUGGCUAAAGGUAACCCAUGUCCCCGAGCCUAUUAUCGAUGCACUAUGGCAGCUGGAUGCACAGUCCGGAAACAGGUACAAAGGUGUUCAGAGGAUCAAGCAGUACUUAUAACAACUUACGAAGGUCAUCACAACCAUCCACUUUCUCCAGCCGCAAUGGCUAUGGCAUCUACCACAUCAGCAGCAGCUUCAAUGCUACUUUCAGGGUCUAUGCCUAGUCCUGACGGGCUAAUGAACACAAAUUUAUUAGCAAAAACUUUAGCUUGCCCACCAGGCUUCGCAACAAUUUCAGCUUCAGCUCCAUUUCCUACUGUAACACUGGACCUCACUCACUCUCCCAUUUCCAGCUCCUCACAGAGUCCUCAAGGCCAUUUACUUCUCCCUUCUCUGAACUUCCCCCACAAUUUUGCAUCUGCCCUAAAUGUUUCUGCGGGAGCCCUACACAACCAAUAUAAAGUUUCUGGUCUUUUAAGCCCUCAUCAGGGAAUGGAGCUGCCUCAAAUACUUCCAUUAAUGGCGGACACUAGUGUUAGUGCAGCAACGGCUGCUCUCACUGCAGACCCUAACUUCACUGCAGCUUUAGUUGCAGCUAUCAGUUCCAUCAUUGGCAAUGUUCAAGCAAGUAGUAACGCUAAUAACAGCUCCACAAUAAGGAACAGUAUCGACAACAGCACAUGAAAUGAGCAUGAUAUUUGUAUUGAUAUCGACAAUGUAAAGUGCAAUGAGGAAUUUCUUUGUCAAUGUGAAUGUGUUUAGUUUCAAUCUUUUUUCCUUUUCCCCCAAACAGGAAGAGUAAUUGGGUCCAAUUUUCCUUGUCAAUUAGCAUAGCUGGAGUAAUUUUUGUUGUUGAGAUGUUGUCCAAGCACUAGGAUUAGUGCAAGUUAUCAUCAUCUAGGGUUUCUAAUUAAUCAACUAUGUACUUGCCUUAGGUAUCAUCAGGAAAAAAAUAUUGUUUCACUCUUAAAAAAUUACUUGCAAAAUUUAAGAAUUUUCUUUUCCUUUUUACUUGUGGUUGGACCUAUUAAAAAAAUUUCCAUACUUCUUUUAAAACUAUCAAUUAAUAA